AGUCAGAAGUGGCAGCGCUGUCUCCGCCCACAACACCGCACGGCACUGUGAAAUCUAUCCGGUGGGUUUCCAUCCAGCUAAUUCCAAGACAGAGCGCACAGCUGUAUCUUCUGGAUAACGGUGUUGCCGUGCGAUGACAGCUUGGCUUGUCGCACACACACGAUAUCAUCAAGAGUAGUCAGCCGAGGCAUCCUUAGAGCAGUCCAUUUCGUAGACAACAGCAGGAGACGCUAGGUAGUCACAUGAGGCGAUUUUUCUCACGGAAGCCCUCGGGUUCACAAUGUAAUUAUUUCACUGCUGAAGGCCAAACAUGGUUCGUAGCGUUACGGCAUUGUCAAAACAAAACAUCACUGUGAUGCCUGAUAUCCUGCUUUGAAUCAACCCCGGAGCGAUUGGUUAAGUUGCCGCAAUGGGAUUCCUUCACCAGCUUCAUCUCCUGUUAUGGAAGAAUGUGUCUUUAAAGCGAAGGGGACCGUGGGUGCUGGCCUUUGAGAUCUUCAUCCCACUGGUCCUCUUCUUCAUCCUGCUGGGCCUUCGGCAAAAGAAGCCUGCCAUCCCCGUCAAAGAAGUGUCCUUCUACAGCGCAGCCCCCCUGACGUCGGCCGGCAUCAUCCCCAUCAUGCAGUCCUUGUGCCCGGACGGCCAGCGGGACGAGUUUGGCUUCCUCCAGUACAAGAACUCCACUGUGACCCAGCUGCUGGAGCGCAUUGCCGAGGUGGUGGAGCAGAACCACCUGUUCACGUCGGACCGGCCCAGUCUGGGCGAGGAGCUGGAGUCGCUGCAGCAGCACCUGGAGAGCCUCAGCUCGGCCCACAGCCCUCUGGAGAGCCAGUUCAACACCAGCCACGGUUUCACUGUGGGCAGUGUGCUGAGGAACCAGUCGGUGUUCUACCAGUUCCUGGUGCGGAACCUCUCUCUAGCCAAUGACACGGCGAACCUUCUGCUCUCCUCACCUGUCAAUCUCAAAGAGGUGUACAACCUGAUCUUUGGCUCCUACGCUAAGAUGGGCAGUGUAGAUGGAGGGCUGGCCGAGGGGCUGAGUGCGGCUCAUAGCCCUGGGGAGAAGGUCCUGCAGCUGGAGAAGCAGUUGCUGGGCGGGUGGCGUAGCCUGGAGGGCGGCCUGAUCCACAAAGCCCUGCAGGACCCCAGCAAAGCAGCCAAUCGGCAGGCUCUCCUCCGGCUCCUCUCCCAGGCCCUGGGCCUCGCCGGUGGGGGUGUGGGCCAAAAGUUUGACCCUCAGGGACUCAAGGAGAUGGAGGGGAUCCUGUUGACUGGCGCAGUGCUCGAGGUGCUCACUUGCGGAGAGGGCGGGAACAGUGAGCUCGGCAAAAUCCUAUUGGUUCCCGAAAAACAACAGGCCCUGCUCCAGGCCUAUCGCGCGGCCAUUUGCGGUGGAGGGGCGGGCCAACGAGCGGAGCGAUUCGACGAGAUGAGCCAGGAACUGAAAGAGCAGAUCGACACGCAGAGCAUAAUUGAGAAGUUACGUCUGGAGCAGGCGAACGUGUCCGGCCUGCUCUCCCAGUCCCACCUGGGGGCUCUGCUGAAGGACCUGGCCGACGUGGAGCGGCUCCUGAGGGACGUGGACCUGCUGUCCAGCCUGGCUCUCCUGCUCCCCAAGGGGGCCUGCGCCGGGCAUCAGGCCUCCCCGGCCACCAACGCCUCCGGAGGGUCCAGCUGGAACACCAAUAGCAGCAGCACCACAACCAGCAGCAGCACCACCACCACCUGGGGCCCCAACACCACCGACUCCCUAGCGGGUGGAGGAGCAGAGGGAGGAGGAGGAGGAGGAGGAGGAGGAGGAGGAGAGGGAACUCCUGGGAAAGAGGAGGAGAACCCGCGCUCACAGUUCUCAGCAUUCGUGCAGCUGUGGGCUGGCCUGCAGCCUAUCCUCUGUGGGAACAACAGAAUAAUCGAACCCGAGGCACUAAAGCAGGGCAACAUGAGCUCCCUGGGCUUCACAAGCAAAGAACAGCGCAAUCUUGGCCUUCUGGUGCAUCUUAUGACUACGAAUCCCAAGAUCCUCUACUCUCCUAUUGGUUCCCAAGUGGACAAGGUCAUUCAGAAGGCCAACGAGACGUUUGCGUUUGUUGGGAAUGUGACCCACUAUGCCCGUGUGUGGCUGAACAUCUCAGCUGAUCUCAGGACCUUUCUGGAGGAAGGCAAACUACACAAUCACCUGGCCUGGCUUCAACAGUUCACCUCGGACCUGCGGCAGCACCCGGAGCUGCUGAACGCGUCGGACAGUGAGCUGCUGCACAGUCUGCUGGAGGGCAACUUCAGCCUGCCCAACACCACCACCCUGCUGGAGCAACUGGACACCAUCGACAACGCCGCCUGCGGAUGGACACACUUCAUGUCCAAGGUCAGCGUGGAUAUCUUCAAAGGCUUUCCUGAUGAAGAGAGCAUUGUGAACUACACCCUGAACCAGGCCUACCAUGACAAUGUGUCAGUCUUUGCUAGCGUGAUUUUUCAGACCAACAAGGAUGGCUCUCUUCCUCCGCACGUCAUGUACAAGAUCAGACAGAACUCGAGCUUCACCGAGAAGACCAAUGAGAUCCGCCGAGCGUACUGGCGGCCCGGGCCCAACACGGGCGGAAAGUUCUACUUCCUCUACGGCUUCGUUUGGAUCCAGGAUAUGAUGGAAAGAGCCAUCAUCAACACCUUCGUGGGCCAUGACGUGGUGGAGCCAGGAAACUACGUGCAGAUGUUCCCUUAUCCCUGCUACACGCGCGAUGAUUUCCUGUUUGUGAUCGAGCACAUGAUGCCGCUGUGCAUGGUCAUCUCCUGGGUGUACUCGGUGGCCAUGAUGAUCCAGCACAUCGUGGCCGAGAAGGAGCACCGGCUCAAAGAGGUGAUGAAGAUGAUGGGCCUGAACAACGCUGUGCACUGGGUGGCCUGGUUCAUCACAGGCUUUGUCCAGCUCUCCAUCUCUGUGACAGCACUGACCGCCAUCCUGAAGUACGGCCGCGUCCUGCUGCACAGUGACCCCUUCAUCAUAUGGCUGUUCCUCACCAUCUACGCCGUCGCCACCAUCAUGUUCUGUUUCCUGGUGUCGGUCAUCUACUCUAAGGCCAAGCUGGCGUCGGCCUGCGGAGGCAUCAUCUACUUCCUGAGCUACGUGCCUUACAUGUACGUGGCCAUCCGAGAGGAGGUGGCCCAUGACAAGAUCACAGCCUUCGAGAAGUGCAUUGCGUCCCUGAUGUCCACCACUGCGUUCGGUCUGGGCUCCAAGUACUUCGCCCUGUACGAGGUGGCCGGGGUGGGCAUCCAGUGGCGCACCAUCAACCAGUCGCCAGUAGAGGGCGACGACUUCAACCUGCUGCUGUCCAUGGUCAUGCUCAUCAUCGACGCCACCGUGUACGGCGUGCUGACCUGGUACAUCGAGGCCGUGCAUCCCGGUAUGUAUGGGCUCCCGAGGCCGUGGUACUUCCCCCUGCAGAAGUCCUACUGGCUGGGCAGCGGGCGUGUGGAGACCUGGGAGUGGCCCUGGGGCGGUGCGGCCAUGCUGAGCGUGAUGGAGGAGGACCAAGCGUGUGCCCUGGAGCACCGCCGCUCAGAGGAAAUGCGCGGCAUAGAGGAGGAGCCCAGCCACCUGCCCCUGGUGGUGUGCAUCGACAAGUUGACCAAAGUCUACAAGACGGGCAGCAAGCUGGCGCUCAACAAGCUCAGCCUCAACCUGUACGAGAACCAAGUGGUGUCCUUCCUAGGCCACAACGGGGCUGGCAAGACCACCACCAUGUCCAUUUUGACCGGCCUGUUCCCACCCACGUCGGGCUCAGCCACCAUCUACGGGCACGACAUCCGCACAGACAUGGAGCGCAUCCGGCAGAACCUGGGCAUGUGCCCGCAGCACAACGUGCUCUUCGACAAGCUGAGCGUGGAGGAGCACCUGUGGUUCUACUCGCGCCUCAAAGGCAUGGCCGAGGACGACAUCCGCAAGGAGAUGGACAAGAUGAUCGAAGACCUGGAGCUGUCCAACAAGCGUCACAGCCUGGUGCAGACGCUGUCCGGCGGCAUGAAGCGGAAGCUCUCGGUGGCCAUCGCUUGGGCUCAAGGGUGAGCCGUCAUCCUGGACGAGCCCACGGCUGGGGUGGACCCGUACGCCCGGCGUGCCAUCUGGGAUCUCAUCCUGAAGUACAAGCAGGGCCGCACCAUCCUGCUGUCCACCCAUCACAUGGACGAGGCGGACCUGCUGGGUGACCGCAUCGCUAUCAUCUCCCACGGCAAGCUCAAGUGCUGCGGCUCGCCACUCUUCCUGAAGAGCACCUACGGCGACGGCUACAAGCUCACCCUGGUCAAGAAGCAGAGAGACUCAUCCAGUGGAGCAGACCAGGGCGGCCAGCCUCUUGGCUCCCACUCCCCCUCCACUGCCCAGCCCUCAUCCCUGUCCGGCUGCUCGGAGAGCCGGGUCACCCAGUUCAUCCGUCAGUUUGUGGCGUCCUGCCUGCUGAUGUCCAACACCAACACGGAACUCUCUUACGUGCUGCCCUCGGAGGCCGCCAAGAAGGGCUGCUUUGAGAGGCUCUUCCAGGCCCUGGAGCGGAGUUUGGACAACUUGGCCCUGACCAGUUUCGGGGUGAUGGACACCACACUAGAAGAGGUUUUUCUCAAAGUCUCCGAGGAGGAUCUCUCCCUAGAGAACAGCGAUGCUGACAUGAAGGACUCUCCGGGGGGUAACUCUGCUGGGAAGCCCUCGGUUCUGCUCAGCGGGCCGCGGGGCGACGGCCAGCCAGUAGGGGGCAGCGGUGGCGGUGGUGGCUGCGGCAGCGGCAGUGGUGGUGUGAUGCGGCCCGAGGUGGAGCUCAGUAACCUGAUCACAUGCUCGCGGCUCAGCCAGAGCCAGAACUCCCUGCGCUCCGGCUCUUCGCUGGGGUCAGUGCGCGGUGACGAGGGUGGGCUCUACGCCGACUUCUACGGCGACUACUGCCCGCUGUUCGACAAUGGCCAGGACCCUGACUCUGCAAGCCUGAGAGACGGCGAGGCUUCCCCGGAGCCUGUGCUGGAGGGCCAGGGCAGCUUCAAGCUGGAGGGCUGGUGGCUCAAGCUGCGCCAGUUCCACGGCCUCAUCGUCAAGCGCUUCCACUGUGCCAAGAGGAACACCAAGGGCCUCUUCUCCCAGAUCAUGCUGCCCGCGUUCUUCGUCUGCGUGGCCAUGACGGUCGCCCUGUCUGUACCUUCAAUAGGAGACCUGCCGCCCCUGAUUCUGUCUCCGUCGCAGUAUCACAACUACACACAGCCACGGGGGAAUUUCAUCCCCUACGCGAAUGAAGACAGGCCGCAGUACAGGAGUAAGCGCUCUCCCGACGCCGGCCCUCAGAAGAUCAUCAACACCCUGCGGCUGCCCUCGGGCGUGGGGGCCACCUGCGUGCUCAAGACGCCAUUCAACAGCACGCUGGACCAGCUGGCCCAGACGCUCAACCCCUAUGCCAACAACUCCAAGACGCUGGCUGCGCGCUACUUCGACCCCAUGUGCCUGGACUCCUUCACGCAGGGCGUGCCGCUCUCCAACUUCGUGCCGCCGCCGCCCUCGCCGGCCCCCUCGGACGACCCGGAGCCGCGCUUCGACGACGGCCUGUGGAACUACACCUCGCCACCUCCGACCACUGUGAGAGAGAUGGUGACGUCUCCCCCGACGCUACCCUUGUCCAUCCAUGAGCCGGUCAAGUGCAUCUGCUCCAUGCAGGGAACGGGCUUCUCCUGUCCCAGCGGGGUGGGCGGCCGGCCCCCUCUCACCAAGGUGGUGACGGGGGACAUCCUGGUGGACAUCACGGGACGCAACGUCUCGGAGUAUCUGCUGUACACCUCUGAUCGCGUACGCCUCCACAGAUAUGGCGGUCUCACAGUGGGCAACAUUCAGAAAUCCGUGCCGGCCUCGUUCGGCAGAAAGAUACCCCCCAUGGUCCGCAAGAUAGCUGUGCGGCGGUCAGCUCAGGUGCUCUACAACAACAAAGGCUACCACAGCAUGCCCACCUAUCUCAACGUGCUCAACAAUGCCAUCCUGCGUGCCAACCUGCCCCUCAACAAGGGCAACCCGGCUGCCUAUGGAAUUACCUUGACAAACCAUCCCAUGAAUCGAACCAGCGCCAGUUUGUCCCUGGACUACUUGCUGCAGGGCACAGACGUGGUUAUUGCCAUCUUCAUCAUCGUGGCCAUGUCCUUUGUGCCGGCCAGCUUUGUGGUCUUUCUGGUGGCGGAGAAGUCCACCAAGGCCAAACACCUGCAGUUUGUCAGCGGCUGUGACCCUGUAAUCUACUGGCUGGCCAAUUACAUCUGGGACAUGCUGAACUACUUAGUUCCUGCCACAUGCUGUGUCCUGAUCUUGUUCGUGUUUGACCUCCCGGCGUACACCUCUCCCAAAAACUUCCCCGCCGUCCUCUCGCUCUUUCUGCUGUACGGCUGGUCCAUCACGCCAAUCAUGUACCCAGCCUCGUUCUGGUUUGAAGUCCCCAGCACGGCGUACGUGUUCCUCAUUGUCAUCAACCUCUUCAUCGGCAUCACCGCCACAGUGGCUACCUUCCUGCUACAGUUGUUUGAGCAUGACAAGGAUCUAAAGUUGGUGAACAGUUACAUGAAGUCCUGCUUCCUCAUCUUCCCCAACUACAACCUGGGCCACGGGCUCAUGGAGAUGGCCUACAAUGAGUACAUCAACGAGUACUAUGCCAAAAUAGGUCAGUUUGACAAGGUGAAGUCUCCGUUUGAAUGGGACAUUGUAACCCGAGGCCUGGUUGCCAUGACGAUCGAGGGGUUCGUGGGCUUCCUCAUCACCAUCCUGUGUCAGUACAACUUCCUCAGGAAACCUCAGAGGGUGCCGGUGAGCAGUCAGCCCAUAGAGGACGAUGACGUGGACGUGGCCUGUGAGAGACGGCGUGUGCUCAGAGGAGACGCAGACAACGACAUGCUGAAGAUCGACAACCUCACCAAGGUGUACAAGUCCAGGAAGAUGGGCCGCAUCCUGGCGGUGGACCGCCUGUGUUUGGGCGUGAGGCCCGGGGAGUGCUUCGGCCUGCUGGGGGUGAACGGAGCGGGGAAGACCACCACGUUCAAGAUGCUGACGGGAGACGAGACCACCACUGGAGGAGAGGCCUUCAUUGGUGGACACAGUAUUCUGCGGGAGCUGCUGAAGGUGCAGCAGAGCAUUGGCUACUGCCCGCAGUUUGACGCCCUGUUUGAGGACCUGACGGCCAGAGAGCACCUGGAGCUCUACACCCGCCUGAGGGGCAUCCCUUGGAAGGAUGAGGAGCGGGUGGUGCAGUGGGCUCUGGAGAAGCUGGAGCUCACUAAGUAUGCAGACAAGCCAGCUGGCACUUACAGUGGAGGCAACAAGCGCAAGCUAUCCACCGCAAUUGCACUCAUCGGCUACCCCUCCCUCAUCUUCCUGGAUGAGCCUACCACAGGCAUGGACCCCAAGGCCAGACGUUUCCUGUGGAACCUUAUCCUUGACAUCAUCAAAACGGGACGCUCGGUGGUGCUUACAUCACACAGUAUGGAAGAAUGUGAGGCACUAUGCACCAGGUUGGGCAUUAUGGUCAAUGGCAGAUUCAAAUGCUUAGGGAGUAUACAGCACCUUAAGAACAGAUUUGGUGAUGGCUACAUGAUCACAGUACGCACUAAAACCACAAGUAGUGUGAAAGAGGUGGUCAAAUUCUUCAACAGGAAUUUUCCAGAAGCUAUACUUAAGGAGCGACACCAUACCAAAAUCCAGUAUCAGCUGAAGUCAGAGCAUAUUUCUCUGGCUCAAGUGUUCAGUAAGAUGGAGCAGGUGGUGGAGGUGCUAAGCAUCGAAGAUUACUCUGUCAGUCAGACCACACUGGACAACGUUUUUGUCAACUUUGCCAAAAAGCAAAGCGACAACCUGGAGCAGCAGGAGAACUCGCCCCGCGGUGGCGGCCAGUCGCCACUACAGCGCCUGCUCAACCUCCUGCGCCCCAAGCCGGCCAACACGGAGCUCAACGCCCUCGUGUGUGACGAGCCCGAGGAGCUGGAGAGCGACGAUGACGAAGGGCUCAUCAGCUUUGAGGAGGAGAGGGUCCAGCUGUCUUUCAACACAGACACCCUCUGCUGAGAGCAGGGGGCCUCUUCAAACAAACAAACAAAUACAAACAUACAAAUAAACAUCAAGCCUCAAGCUCAGACGUGGAUUCUGGCAAAUGAAAAGACACAUUUAAGGAAUCUCUUUGGAAUGGAGAUCUCCUCAUCUCGCCGUUUGUAUCUGCUUGGCAGGCACUCUUCAUUUUUUUCUGUGUGCACUUAAUUAACAAUGACGAGAGAGCGACAAGAAACUUUACGGAUUGCACAUCGCACAGACAGAGGUCUGCAGCAGAGACAGAAGCACAGCCUGACAGCUCAUCACAUGGUGGACGCUGACGCUGAGGCAGACAGUGAGACUUGGACUACGAGGAGUGCCUCCAACCAUGGCCUCCAUACUGCAGGUUCAGGAGAGUGCUUGCAUUUAUGCAAAGGACAUGGAUAUUCCAGUGAAACACACACGUUUGUGUUUUUUCUUUUUGACUCUUCAGGGUAGGCAGAUCAUUUUAGGAUCUGUUGCUUGAUGGGAAUGUUGGCAAGAGGUCCACACCAGAGAUUUUAGUGGAGAGAUAAGAGAGAGAGAGCAAGCAUAGAGUAUUCUUGUUUGAUUCCUGAGUCAAUGUUUAUUGUGGUGUUUGUGCCACUGAUGUCAGAAGAUGACUUUAUCAUCCACGUCAUGGUUUGAUCACAAGGCAUCUCUUACCUCUUAAGUAAAUGUUUGCUUUGGGGCGUUGUUUGACUAUGUUAUCAUAAAUAAUACCUUUUAUUUCAGCCAAAGGAGCGAUGUAACUACACAAACCCCUUGUUGAAACUGUUAAUCAUGUUUUUUUUUAAGUUGUACCUGCCUUGAAAGCAUGCAUAUAGUGUCAGACUUGUAUUGUGUCAUAUCUACAUUUUUGCUGUGGUAAGAAGAAUGGUUUAUUUUGUAUAUUGACAUGUUUUGGACACAUGUACGUGGUUCAUUUAAUAAAUGAUUGCUGGUUUCUUAAUGCACCUUGCUGAAGGUGCAGUCUUUUGACAGGAAACAUUGGAAAAAAAUAGUUUAUCCUGUUUUGUUGGCCUUUAAAAUGACUUGACUGUCCCCAUUAUGGUGGAAACUGCCCUCCACAUAGACUUGGUCCUAUAUCUUCACGUACGAGAAUGUAAAUGGCAUGAAAAUGUUUUGCACAGAUUCUGGUGCCUCCUAAAAGCUUGAGCCUCUUUGUUGUGAAUAUAUAACAGUAUAUAUACUUUUUGUCCUUUCAUUAAUUAAUUCAUUACUUCUUUUGCCUCAUGAAUGGAGCACUUUGAAACACUUUCCUCUCUCCUCCUUUAAUUUGUUUUGUUGUUGCGGUGUGCUAUUUGUUUCUAUUCUGAAAAACAAGAUCCCUUGUGUGUAAUUAUCUUAUAGUUUAGGUAAUGAAUACUCUUUAGUGAAAUGCAGGAAAUAGUACUGUUAAAUUGCUUAACUGGAUCAUAUAUGAACUUGGGUCACUUACAGUACAAGAUAUGUGUGCUAUUAAGAACUAGCAAGCUCAUGUACUAUCACUGUGAUACAGACGCAAACACUCAAGGUUUUUGGAGUGUUUGGACAGUGAACGACAGCAUGGAGAUUGGAAAUAUAUUUUGAAUACAGCCACGUCCUUAUUGGUGAUGAAAGAAGUUAAGACUUUUUUUCUUGAAUUUUAUACUGGUGUGUGAGCCAUAAGACGAAUAUUUUGAACUACAGUUGAGAAUCUGUUGUGUUUUAAUUUAAUGUGAUCAUUUUAGUUGUGUUUUCAGAGCUUUUUUAUUUUGACUCAAGUUAUUCAUACUGAAACCAACUGGAACUUGGGUUGUUCACAAUAUUGGACCAAUGUGUCAUGGUUAUUCCUUCAGUUCGAUUCAGACAGUCGUAGAACACUGAUGGUACCUUUGAAAAAGAAAAGGCAACUACUGAUUUAUAUUUUCCUAGAAUGUUUAAAGAGGAUAAAGCAUAAGGAAUGGGAUAGGGUUGUGACCCUAGGUUGUUUUAUAAGAACGAAGACCAAAGGGAGAUAUUUUUUUAAAACAACAUGACAUAAUUCUGCGCUGAAUGUGAAUAUGUUUAACUAAGUGUGUUGCAAAAUUUAGGACACAUUCUGUUUCGUAAAAGAAAACCUUUUAAACUAUCUAUCUUGGGAAGUGAGGGAAAGUGGUUGGUCAUCACUAACACUGUAAGGUCAAAUUGCUAACUUGAACAUUAACUUGUGCAACUCAGAAACAGUGACCGUCAUGCUCUGUUUAGGCCAGAGCUCUGUGAAACUUAAACCUUUAUGUAAUCAGCAGGUUUGAACUUGUAACCUUGCCAACCCAUGCCAAACUAUAGAUAGCAAAAGCCUUGACCAGCAUUCUAAUUUCAUUGACAGCGUUUUUUUUCCCCCCAAAAUGGCUCCUUGAGAAUGUGCUGCUUUACGCCCUGAAGUGAAUCAGUGAUUCAGGGACUAGUGCACCAGCAGAGAGAGAAAGCUAGGUUCCAUAAAUUACCUGCAAUGGAUCUUUUGAGGGAAAUGGAUCUAGUGUUUCUUUUGUUUUAAUCUGAAGCUAUGUGCUUUGGAAUGUAUCUUAUGUAUGUGUAUAUAAAUAUAAAUAUAUUUAUAUUUUAUGAAUAUAUGUUGUUAAGGUUGUGUUUGUUGGUUGGUUUUUCAUUCAACUUUUGUUCUAAUCGGUUGUCAUAUAACAUUUUUACUUGAACAUUGAGCUUGUUUCUAAUAUGUUGUUUCCAUAAUCCUGUGUUUCAAAUGAGGUGAACUGGUGUUUUUAAUAUUACAGACAAGUGAAGAAAAAAAUAAAUAUGGUGAACUUCUGGG